AUGGUGAACUUUUGCGUGGCGUGUGAGGCAAAGGGAGGUCUCUAUUGUGAUGAUUGCCUCAUAAGGUCGGUUGCUCGAGGAGACGGAGCAUUCGCCGCUCCUACCACCACCAUCACCACCGCCGACGAGUCACUAUGGCAACAACAGCCUGCUCAGUUUCAAUCUGGGCAGCUGCAGCUGUACGACGACAACUUUGGAGCUGUCAACGGACAGCUCCUACCUCAUUUCGACAAUUUUGUAGCUGUCAACGGACAGCUCCUACCUCCUUCCAACAAUUUUGGAGCUGUAGACGGGCAGCUCCUACUUCCUUCCGACGACUUUGGAGCUGUGACCGAGCAGCUCCUACCUUUCGACGACUUUGGGGCUGUGACCGGUCAGCUCCCACCUCAUUCCUAUAACUUUGGAGCUGUCACCGGACAGCUCCCACCUCCUUCCAACCACUUUGGAGCUGUCAACGGACAGCUCCUACAGGUCCCAGGUUUCGACGAGUCGGGACCUUCUGACUGGCGGCAACAGGGAACUCCAGACUUCCCUAGCCCAGCUUAUGCACCAAGCCAAUUGGUCCCAGGACCUCCUGCUGAGCUGGCUGCCGCCAACGUCGGGGACGGGCAUCGUGGUCAGUGGGCUAUCCCCGGAGUCGAUGGACCUGCCGCAGCACCGGAGUCGGGGAUAGAGCACCACGGCAGUCAGAGAAAGCCUUCGAGUGACAAGCGAAAGGCUCAGAAGACGGCCCACCAGAACCCGUGGCGUGCACUCGCGAAGCUGCUGACCAAGCUGGUCAAGACCAACGGUGCCUGGAAGGGGGAGAGGGGCCUGAGGGUGACUAACGACGAUCGGGCGUCAAAAGCGGCUAUGGAGAGAUAUCUCCAGCGCAACGCUGCACUCCUCGGGCUCGCGCUUUCGGAGGACGGUACGCCAGGAGAUGUCGAGUUGCGCAUGGCCGGGCCGAACCGUGCAGCAGCCGUCACGGACGAGAACACUGUUCAGAUCCAUUGGCUCAAGCUCAAUGUGAUCAGGAAUGGUGGUUCAUUUCCCGGUCUGCCAGAGGAGUGGGUGGUUCGGUGUUCUGAGAACGCCGAGCUCUUCGCACACGUCUUUGGACCGACCAUCUAG